AUGCUUGCUUCUCGCGUUUGCCGUUCAGGUCUUGGAUCUCUUCGCUCUGCCUUGUCUCUCAAGUCAGCAUCUCCUUUUCUCGUACGCUCUUCUCCAAGCGCUGUUGCUCGUUCUUUCAAUGCCUUUCAAUGGAGAGCCGCAAAUUUUUAUUCCACCAAACGUUUCACAAAACAACAUGAAUAUGUUCAAGUAGACGGUGAAAUGGGUACUGUUGGUAUUUCAAAGUAUGCCGCCCAUGCCGUUGGUGAAGUCGUUUACGUCGAGCUUCCUGAACAAGGGUCCUCCGUUAAAGCUGGCGAUGGAAUUGGCUCCGUUGAGUCAGUGAAGUCCGCAAGCGAUGUCUACUCUCCCGUAACAGGCGAAAUUACAGAAAUCAAUAAAUCUCUUACUGAUACUCCUCAAACAGCCGGUGAAUCUCCUGAAGAUGAUGGCUGGCUUUGUAAAGUGAAGCUCUCUUCUCCCGAAGAACUUGAAGGUUUGCUGACCAAGGAAGCUUAUGAUGAAUACUGCAAUGAAGUAGACGCUACCCACUAA